UUUUGCAUUGGAAUGUAAUGCUGGUGGCGGAAAUACUACACAAAAUGAAAUAGCUGAUGCUUUUUGUAAAGGCAGCGAAGGAAUGGGAUGGGUGUGUGCUAAUACAAAUCCAGGUCAAAAUACUUGCGUUUAUGGUUGCCAUAACAAUAACGAUUGUUUAUCAAACAAUUGUGACAAAACAUAUCCUGUAGUAACGGACAUUGUAUUCAUUCUUUAUCAUCCAAAAUUUAAGAAAAAA